GAGGAACAAGAGCAAAGUAAACAAAAUAAAGCCUCUUCUUGCUUUCCUCCUUCCUCAUCCUCUUUAAUGCUCUUUUUUCUUUUACUUUCCUGGCUCUGGUAUUCCCCUAGGUGUGAUUCUCCACCAUCUCCCUAAAGAACCCAUUAAACUUUAUAAAAGAAAAACCACAAAAAGGAUUUGAACACCAUGGUUUUCUCUUCUAUUCCACUCUAUUUAGAUCCUCCCAAUUGGCACCAACAUCCAAAUCAACAUCAAGCAAAUGGCAGUGAAAGUACUCAUCUGCUUCCACCGCUACUUUCACAACCACAACCACAGUCAUCUCACGGUGCAAACCGGGGUCAGCCGGCAAAGAUACCGGUACCGGCACCGGAAACAGCUCUGAAGUGUCCUCGGUGUGAAUCCACCAACACUAAAUUUUGCUACUACAACAAUUAUAGCCUCUCUCAACCUCGUCACUUCUGCAAGACAUGUAGGCGUUAUUGGACAAGAGGGGGUGCUCUAAGGAACGUUCCAGUUGGUGGAGGAUGCCGUAGGAACAAGAAGAGCAAAAGGAGUAACUCUAAAUCUCCAGCAUCUAAUGAAAAACAUUCACUUCCCAAUUCCACAAGUGCAAUCCCUUCAGGUGAGGUAAUUGGUCGUUUCCCACAACCAAGUAAUAGAUCUUUCAUGUCCUCGUCUAUUCAGAAUCUGAACCACUAUGGUGGUGUUCAAAACAUGAGCCUUGGCAUGCGUGAGAUCCAAGCACAGAACAAUCAUCAUAUGGGGUUUGGUCUUAGUUCAACUGGAGGAGGAGAAGUGGAUCAGUGGCGCUUUCAGCAAUUUCCUUUCUUCAAUAAUUUUGAGCCAACUUCAGCUGUUUCGUUCCCAUUAUUUCAAAGUGAAAGUACUGUUGAUCAAGCAACCGCUGGUAAUUUGGUUGGAGAUGUUGCCACGACUUCUAGGGUUACUAAUUUACCACAGCUUAAAUUUGAAUACAACGGUGGUCAAAAACCAUCUCUGAAUAUCCCAGAAAAUAACCAUUACUAUUCAUGGACUGAUUUAUCUGGUCUUGCCUCUUCUUCCACUAGUCAUCUCUUGUAACUUUGACCGUUCAUACGGUCAAAAAAUCUUAUCACUUUUCAACACCAUGUGGCACCAUCUUUGGUGGAUCAGAGAAAACACUCCCGAGUUAAUCAACUCAGGCAUGGUAGAAUUUGGUGGUCUUCUUCUUGUAUAUUUUCUUUGUCAUUGAUUUUAUUUAUGUUUUUUGGCAUAAGUCGAGUUUCUUAUGUACUAUUUGUGCUUUCUUUGUAUAACAGUGUGCACGUAUUGUUCUAUG